AGUCUCAAAGUUUGUCUGCAGCAGUAGUGGGGAGUGGGCUUGUCGCGCGAGGACUUUUUUUGGGAUGAGAGCUGCCUUCUUGCCUUCCUUUUGGAUGCACAGCCCGAUUUAACCCCUGCACCUUCGGCCCGAGCCCAGCAGGCUUGUCCUCCCCGGGGAUUCACAGAUCUCCGAGGACACGGGUCGCGGAGCUCUUGGCGGGGCUCUCCCGGGUUCUUGCGCCAGUGCUUAAGUUCCACGCCCGCACACUCAAGCACUCACGGAAAGAAGCGUCUCGCCGGCCCGUUGCGGCUCUGAGAGGUUCCCUCCUGCCUCAGCAUCCCCGGCCCCUCGGGGCUCCCACCGCCAUGGAGGUGCUGGAAAGCGGGGAGCAGAGCGUCCUGCAAUGGGACCGCAAGCUGAGCGAGCUGUCAGAGCCCGGAGAGACCGAGGCCCUCAUGUACCACACGCACUUCUCAGAGCUCCUGGAUGAGUUUUCCCAGAACGUCCUGGGUCAGCUCCUGAAUGACCCUUUCCUGUCAGAGAAGAGCGUGCCGAUGGAGGUGGAACCCUCUCCGACAUCACCAGCGCCCCUCAUCCAGGCUGAGCACAGCUACUCCCUGAGCGAGGAGCCCCGGGCGCAGUCACCAUUCACCCAUGCGGCUGCCAGCGAUGACUUCAAUGACGAGGAAGUGGAGAAUGAGAAGUGGUACCUGUCUGCAGACUUUCCUUCAACCACCAUCAAGACAGAGCCAAUCACAGAGGAGCAACCCCCAGGACUUGUCCCCUCUGUCACUCUGACCAUCACGGCCAUUUCUACUCCCUUUGAGAAAGAAGAAUCCCCUCUGGAUAUCAAUGCUGGGGUGGAUUCCUCGUGCCAGACAAUUAUCCCUAAGAUUAAGUUGGAGCCUCAUGAAGUGGAUCAGUUCUUAAACUUCUCUCAUAAGGAAGCCCCCGUGGAUCAACUGCACCUACCGCCAACUCCACCCAGUAGCCACAGCAGCGACUCUGAGGGCAGCCUGAGCCCUAACCCACGCCUGCAUCCCUUCAGCCUGUCUCAGGUCCACAGCCCCGCCAGAGCCAUGCCCCGGGGCCCCUCUGCCUUGUCCACAUCUCCUCUCCUCACAGCUCCACAUAAGCUGCAGGGAUCUGGCCCACUGGUCCUGACAGAGGAAGAGAAGAGGACCUUGAUUGCUGAAGGCUAUCCUAUUCCUACCAAGCUGCCCCUGACAAAAUCUGAGGAGAAGGCUCUGAAGAAAAUCCGGAGGAAAAUCAAGAAUAAGAUUUCUGCCCAGGAAAGCAGGCGAAAGAAGAAAGAAUACAUGGACAGCCUGGAGAAAAAGGUGGAGUCUUGUUCAACUGAGAACUUGGAACUUCGGAAGAAGGUAGAGGUGUUGGAGAACACCAAUAGGACUCUCCUUCAGCAACUUCAGAAGCUUCAGGCUCUGGUGAUGGGGAAGGUCUCUCGAACCUGCAAGUUAGCCGGCACGCAGACUGGCACCUGCCUCAUGGUCGUUGUGCUGUGCUUUGCUGUUGCAUUUGGCAGCUUCUUUCAAGGCUAUGGGCCCUAUCCCUCAGCCACCAAGAUGGCUCUGCCCAGCCAGCAUCGCCUGUCGGAGCCAUACACAGCCUCCGUGGUGAGAUCCAGGAACCUGCUAAUCUAUGAGGAACAUUCUCCCCUGGAGGAGUCGUCCAGCCCGGCCUCCGCCGGAGAGCUUGGGGGCUGGGACAGAGGCUCCUCCCUGCUCAGGGCAUCCGGGCUGGAGGCCCUGCCAGAGGUGGAUCUCCCCCACUUCAUCAUCUCCAAUGAGACCAGCCUGGAGAAGUCAGUGCUGUUGGCGCUGCAGCAGCACCUGGCCGGCAGCAAACUGGAAGGGAAUGAGACGCUCCAAGUCGUGGAGCUCGAGCGGCGAGUGAACGCCACCUUCUAGGGCGCCGCCGCCAGCCUUCUCGCCUCCCGACUCCAGCUGUGCGCCCCCAAACUGUCUCGUCCAUAAGCUUCCCCGUCACCCCUGGACCUUGAGGAGGAUGUGGACUAGUGCUCGUGGCUUGGGAUGGGAGACCAGCCUAGGAGUUUCUUCUUGCCUGACCCCAUGGCUCUACGGAAAGGAGCUGGCAACCUCUCCAUCCGUUUCUCUUACUGCCGCCAUAGAAGAGUAUUUUAGGGGUGAGGUAGGGGUGGGAGGAUCAGCCUUGCUUCCACUGGUAUCAAGAAGAUACUGCACGAUCCUUCCCUGUGAGGUGUGACCCCGCUGAAGAAGACUUGCAUGACUUAUGUUCAGCUGACACCCCAGACUCUGGCCACAGAUUUGCCACCAGCACACCAGGGAGUGGCGAAGCACCGUCUACUGACCUCCCUUGCUCACCAGGACUCCAGUGUGGCCCUGUCUCCACUGAGAGUGCCUGAAUGCCAUUCCAGCCUCUCUCUCCAUUCUGUACUCUGGAACCUUCAUUGGAUGCCUGCACAGGCAGACAGGACUCCCAUCAUAUUUUCAGGCCGCAAGUGCAAUUCCUGAAGGCGUCAGGCUCUUCUCCUCCAGGCCACCCUGCCCACUGUGUUGCUUGUAGGAUACCCCCCCCCACACACACACACACACACACUACACACACAGCCUGUAUCCCCACUGGACAGUCACACUGUCUCCCUGGCCUCCCCUCCCUAUUUGUAAAUAGUAUUUAUUAGCUUGCUGAAGCUCCCUGCUGACCGUAGUAAAGAAAUCCCAUGACCCCUUCCAACAAGCAAAGUCUUCUGUUGGCCUUUGGAACAGGAGAGUCCCCAGGACCUGGGGACCCCACCCCCCAGUCUUUCUAGCUGAUGCCUUAUCUUCUCCCUUUCCUUCCUUUUUAAAAUUGGAAACCUAUAAAAUAUUCGCCACUGGGAAAUCCCCUUAAGCAUGUGUCCCCUGUUGGAUGAAUCCAUGGGGAAUGAUGGACCGCUGUCCUCUUGUUCAGGCUCCAGACUCUAUGGCCACUCGCUUUCUCUCUCUGUGUUCCUGGGACAGAGAAGGGAAGCGCUGCCCCUGACAAUAGGCAUUGCUGACAACCUUGCUAGCUUGUCCUGCAUCCUGACUGCUCUCCUCCUUCACCUCCCUCCUUUGCUUCUGACCUCUCUCCACCUGCCUUAACUGAGGAGGCGGGGGCUGGAGUUGGGGACAUUUGUCCACCUGCCUUA